AUAAAUGUUUUGUUUUUCACAGUUUUACAAUAAUUUAUUGUAUAUAUAUAUAUAUAGAUCCUCUGUUCAUUAUUACUUGGUUAACAAUCAAUAAACUAUUGGCUUUUAUUAAAUAUAUAAAGAACUGAAAAUGGAAGAAAAGCCCGAUCCAGCUAUUGAAUUGGAAAGUGAAGUUAUUUUAAGGGUUCCAACGGAAGCUGCUGAUACUUUAAGAGAAUUAAUUAGAAAAGAUACUAAAGAACAAAUAAGUAUAAAAUUGGAGAAUGAUAUUCGAAGAGGUGAAGUUAUCAUUGGCAAUCAUCAUUUAUAUGCAAAGGUUUUUGAUUUGCCUACUAUCAUCGAAGGACAAAAAACAAUUGAUAACAAGACUGUCUAUAAAACAGCAGAUAUCUGUCAGAUGAUUUUAUGUAAAGAAGAUAAAGAAUUUUUACAGUCUGAUGAAGAAGACAAAACCAAAGUAUUAAAAAAAAAAGAACCUAAUAAAGUUGAUAAAAAAUAUUUGUGGCCACAUGGUAUUACUCCCCCUUUAAAAAAUGUACGGAAAAGAAGAUUCCGUAAAACACUUAGGAAGAAGUAUGUUGAAGCUCCAGAAAUUGAAAAAGAGGUUAAAUAUCUUUUAAAAAGUGAUAGUGAAGCUUCAAGUGUCAAAUGGGAAGUAGUUUCUGAAACAGAGGUUCAAAAUAAUAGAAAAGUAAAAGAAGAGCCAUUUAUGCAAGGUGAAAUGCAUAAUGACAUAAAGCAAGACAUUGCUGAAAGAGACAUAUUUGGUGAGGCUCUUAGUGAUUCAGACGAAGAAGCUGGUAAUAUAAAUAUAAUGGAUAUGGAUGAAGAUAUGAGUCGUUUAAGUGCUGAUGAUAGUCGUUUAUCUGAUACUAAUUCUUUGAUGGAAGAAAAACCUUCAAUAUCUGGAUCCCAAAAGCUUGUAACAGAAUUUAGUAAAGAAAUGUUUAUAUCUAAUGAUAAUUCCCAAUUGGAUAUAAAAAAAGAACAUGGUAUGGACUCCACUUUUGAUGAAAGUAUUGGUUAUAGAGAUGAUUUAGGUGAAGAUCUUAAAUCUGAAUUAGAACUUAGUGAUGAUAGUAAACUUGGUGAUAUGCCAGUUUUAUCAACAUUGAUUCCUUUAGAAGCUGGGAAUGUAUCUGCUGAUGACAUUAAACAUAAAAUUGAUCAGUUAAGGCAAGAAAUUGAAGAACUUAAAGAACGUAAAAAACAACAAGAUAUGGAAAUUGCUAAUAUUGAAAAUAUUAAUUUAAGAGAGCGUUUUAUAAAUAUAUCUAAUAAUUUACUUAGUGAACAACUAGACAAAGAACAACAGAUUCAAGAACUUCAGUCAUUCCUCUAGUUCAUUCUGGUUAUUCGUAAUAAAAUUGAAAGUUAUGUUUUAAGUAAUGUUUAUAUAAUUAUAUUAAAUUAGCCUUAACAUAUAUUUUUUUUCU